CUAUCUGCGAAUCAAUCUGCUACUGUGCAACAACUCUCAUCAGUCAUCCCUUCCCUUCAUCAGUCGUCCCGUCGUCCGUCGCUUCUCGCUUUGAUUAUUGAUAUUUACAAAAAUGGUGUAUUAAUUGCGCAAAAUAAUCGAAUACUGACGAUAAUACACUAAAAUCAGGAGUGCGCGUUGUUCAGUCAACUGUCAAACGCUUCACUUCCUCUUGAAUCCAUCUACUUACGCCGACAAGAAUGGAUUUCUUGGACAACGAAGCGGUAGAAAGUGAGGACGAGGAGGAACUGACCGAGGGACAAAGAAGAAAGGCCCAACGAUUGAAAGCUGUAGAAAGCGAUGAAGAAGAUGAAGACGACGAACAAAGAUACGAAGAAGAAUUGCGAGACCUGAUCGACGAUAAUCCUAUUGAAGAAGAUAGCGAUGGCGGUGACUCAGAUUCAUCCACAAAGAAACGGAAAAAAAGCGAUGAUGAAGAACUUGAUGAUCGGCUAGAAGAUGAAGAUUAUGAUUUAAUCGAGGAAAAUUUGGGUGUCAAAGUUGCCCGACGUAAACGAUUCAAACGUGUGCGUCAGUUCGAAGAUGACGAUGAACGCGAAGAAGGUGAAGGUGAAGAUAGAGAGGCUAUUGCAAAUGAGUUAUUCGAUGGCGCUUCGGAUCAUGAAGGAGAUGAACGGCCUGAAAGAUCCCGUGAGGAAGGAUAUGACGAAGAAAAUUUAGAUGAAGAAGGUUAUACCGACGAUGAGGAUGAUUUUAUUGUUGACGAUGAUGGACGUCCUAUAACUGCGGGGAAGAAGAAGCGCAAGCAUAUUUUCAAUGAUGCAGCAUUGCAAGAAGCUCAAGAUAUUUUUGGAGUGGAUUUCGAUUUCGAUGACUUCGAAAAAUAUGGCGAGGAGUAUGAUGAAGAAGACGAAGACGAAGAUGAAGAUGAAUACAUGGAUGAUGAUACAGGGGAACCUAAAAAACGCAAAGCUAAGAAAGCCGCUCGCAAGAAACCCACUCGUAAAUCUAUAUUUGAAAUUUACGAGCCCAGUGAAUUGAAAAGAGGCCAUUUUACAGAUCUCGAUAAUCAGAUAAGGAAUAAUGAUAUUCCUGAAAGAAUGCAGUUGCGUGAUAUUCCAGUUACGCCUGUAGCAGACGACUCAAACGAGUUGGAAGAAGAAGCAAAUUGGAUUUAUCGUCAAGCUUUUUGUAAACCGACCGUCUCCACGCAAGAUUGCAAAGGUGGUGUUGAUCCUAGAACUGUUACAAAGAAAGGAAAUCCUACUAUCGGUAAAAUCAAGAAAGCUUUGGAUUUUAUGAGAAAUCAGCAAUUUGAAGUUCCUUUCAUUGCGUUUUAUCGUAAAGAGUACGUUCUACCAGAAUUGAAUGUAAAUGAUCUGUGGAAAGUUUACAAAUAUGACGGCAAGUGGUGUCAAUUAAAAGCUAGAAAAGAAGCAUUGCUCGAAUUAUUUGAAAACAUGCGUCAAUUCCAACUCGAAGAAUAUACUCAAGACAUAAAUGCUCCGUUGCCUGAAGACGUUCGUAUAUUGUCUGAAGAAGAUAUAGCAGCUGUGAAGGAAGUUCAAACUCCUGAAGAGCUGAAAGAUGUUCAUAUGCAUUUUCUACUUUACUACAGUCAUCUAAUACCUAAAAUGCAAGAAAAGAAACGAGCUAAAGAAAGAGAGGAACGGAGGCAAGCUAGAAAACAGUCGAGAAGAAAGCGUGCGAAUGUUGAAGACGAUGAAGAAAGCGUCAUCGAUAAUGAUAAUGAAGAAGAACCCGAUGAACCUGAAGAACCAGAACCCGAAGAAAAUGAAGCCGAAGUCAUUAAACCCGCUGCUCGUAGUGGUCCUUAUGCCACUUGUAGAAAAGCUAAAUUAGAGGGAUUUGCUAAACGUUUUGGUUUAAAGCCAGAGCAAUUCGCUGAAAAUUUUAGAGAUAAUUAUCAACGUCAUGACGUAGAACAAGAAGAAAUAGAGCCUAUAGAACUUGCUCAAGAGUAUAAAGGACCUAUUCUCCAAACCUCCGAAGACGUUUUGAAAGCUGUGAAGUAUAUGGUGGCGACUCAGAUUUCUAGAGAACCUUUAGUUCGUAAAGUACUCAGAGAUGCUUUCUUUGAACGCGCCAAAUUGAACGUGAUACCUACGAAGAAAGGUAUCAAAGAAAUAGACGAAAAUCAUACAUGCUAUAGUGUCAAGUACUUGAAAGGAAAACCAGUUCGGGAAUUAGUAGGCGUAGAAUUUUUGAAAUUACAUAUCGCUGAAGAAGACAAAUUAUUGAAAAUUACUUUCGAAGAUGACAUCGAAGGCCUUACUACUGGAUCUUACUUGGAAGAAAUGAAAUCUUUGUACAUCAGAGAUGAAUUUAGCAGUGUCGUACAAGAAUGGAACGACUUACGUAAUGAUAUUAUUGAAUUAGCGUAUAGAAAAAUGUUAUGGCCCGAUAUAAUCAAAGAACUAAAAACACAGUUAUUGGCCGAAGCUAAAGAAUGCGUGUUGAAAUUAUGUUCUCAAAAAUUGUACAAUUGGUUGAAAGUAGCGUCUUAUAGCGUUGAUUUUGAAGAAGAGGACGAUGAUUGGGACACUUCUAAAGGGUUGCGUAUUAUGGGCUUAUCAUUUGUACCAGAUCUUUCUCAAGCUGCUUUUGCAUGCGUGAUAGCUCCUGACGGAGAGUGCACUGAUCACUUACGUCUUCCGAAUUUACUUCGAAGAAAGAAUUCCUUUCGCGAGGAUGAAAAAAUGAUGAAAGAAGCCGACCUCAAAGCAUUGAGAAAUUUUAUAUUAACGAAAAAACCUCACGUAAUUUGUGUAGGGGCGGAAUCUCGUGACGCCCUUAUGAUUAUUCAAGAUGUUAAAGAACAAGUAGCUCUGUUAGUGGAAGACGAACAAUUUCCCCAGAUUCCUGUUGAAGUCUUAGAUAACGAUUUAGCCAAAAUAUAUGCAAAUUCUAUCAAAGGAGAAAAUGAUUUCAGAGAUUAUCCUAUAUUAUUAAGACAAGCGAUUUCAUUAGCCCGCAGAAUGCAAGAUCCGCUAGUUGAAUUUUCUCAAUUGUGUACAAAUGAUGAUGAAAUUUUAUGCUUGCGGUAUCAUGCAUUACAGGAUUACGUGACCCAAGAAGAUCUUAUGGAAGCAAUCACUCGAGAAUUUGUCAACAGAACUAACGAGGUCGGAGUUGAUAUCAAUCAAGUGGUGCAACAGGUCUACUCCGGGAAUUUACUGCAAUACGUUUGCGGCUUGGGUCCGCGUAAAGCAACCGCUUUGAUUAAACUUCUGAAACAAAAUAAUCAAAGAUUGGAAAAUCGAACGCAGUUAGUUACCAUGUGUCACAUGGGACCGAAAAUAUUUAUAAAUUGCGCCGGUUUUAUUAAAAUUGACACCAAUUCAUUGGGUGACAGUACUGAAGCGUACGUCGAAGUCCUAGAUGGAUCUCGUGUUCAUCCGGAAACAUACGAAUGGGCACGGAAAAUGGCUGUGGAUGCUUUAGAAUAUGACGACGAAGAAACAAAUCCAGCUGGCGCUUUAGAAGAAAUUCUAGAGUCACCUGAUCGACUGAAAGAUUUAGAUUUAGAUGCUUUCGCGGAAGAACUCGAAAGACAGGGUUUCGGUAACAAAAGUAUCACGCUGUACGAUAUUCGAGCCGAAUUGAAUCAUCGGUAUAAAGAUUUACGAGCUCCGUAUACCCCGCCUAACGCAGAAGAAUUAUUCGAUUUACUCACCAAAGAAACACCCGAAUCGUUCUAUAUUGGAAAAAUGGUUCUUGCUACUGUAACUGGUAUUCUGCGCAAAAGGCCCAAGACUGAACAAUUGGAUCAAGCGAAUCCUGUUCGUAAAGAUGAAACUGGUUUAUGGCAGUGUCCUUUCUGUUUGAAAAGUGACUUCCCAGAGCUUUCAGAGGUAUGGAAUCAUUUUGAUGCCGGUGGCUGUCCUGGUCAAGCUAUCGGUGUAAGAAUUCGUCUGGACAAUGGAGUGAGCGGAUGUAUAUUUUUGAAAUUUCUAUCCGACAAGCACGUGAAUAAUCCUGAGGAACGAGUGCAAAUUGGUCAAAUGAUACAUUGUCGAAUCAUGAAAAUCGACGUAGAACGUUUCUCUAUAGAAGCAACUUCGAAGACAUCUGACUUGAAUGACGAAAAUAACGAAUGGAGACCGCCGAAAGAUGGGUUUUACGACUUUGAAAUGGAAACAAACGACAAAAAAAUAGAGGAAAAUAAGAAGAAAAUGAAAACAUCGCAAACGUAUACUAAAAGAGUCAUUGUUCAUCCGUCAUUUCAUAAUAUCUCUUUUUCUAAAGCUGUUGCAUUAAUGGAAAACAUGGAUCAAGGAGAAUGUAUCAUUCGACCAUCCAGCAAGGGAACCGAUCAUUUAACCGUAACAUGGAAAGUUGCGGAUAACAUAUAUCAGCAUAUUGACGUUUUGGAAAAAGAUAAAAUGAACGCCUUUUCCCUUGGACGAUCUUUGGUGAUAGGAACAGAAGAAUUUGAAGAUUUAGAUGAAAUUAUUGCUCGAUAUAUAAAUCCAAUGGCCGCUUGUGCCCGAGAUUUAUUAACUUACAAAUACUAUAAAGAUACAGAAGGUGGUAAGGCUGAAAUUGCCGAGAAAGUUCUUCGCGAGGAGCAAGAGAAAAAUCCUAAGAAGAUUCACUACAUAUUUUCCGUUUAUGCUAAAGUGCCGGGUGCAUUCAUCUUGUUUUACCUACCACGAAAAUCUAUUAGACUUGAAUAUGUGACGGUAACACCUGACGGGUUCAGGUUCCGUAAACAAAUAUUCGAAUCGCUGAAUGGUUUGUUGAAAUGGUUCAAAGAGCAUUUCAACGAUCCAGUUCCUAGAACGCCUAGCGCGAUGACUCCACAUUCUAACCAUAGUGCGAGAAAUACUCCGUACAAUCCUCAGACACCUAUGCUCGGAAUGCCACAUAUGACGCCCGUUAUGCCGCCUCCUCAUACACCUCAUCUAAGUCAUACACCUCAUUACGGUGUGGCUACACCUUACAAUAUGCCUCCUUAUGCUGCCGCAUACACACCUGGGCAAACACCCUACCUUACUCCCUACCAACAUCCCUCUCAAACACCAAGAACACCAUUUCAUACUCAGACCCCAAGAUAUGGUCAACAAACACCUGCCCAAGCGUCUUUCAUGCAUCCGAAUAUGGCUCAUCGAACACCAUCUCAUCAUCAAUCGCCAUUGCCAAGAAACACUCCGUCAAAUCCCAACGAAUGGGGAAAAAUUGCAGCCGAGUGGGCAAAAGAAAGGAAGAAAGAUUAAUUUUGUCUGUUUACGAAUUUCUUUUCUUUGAUUUUAAUAUUUAUUUUAUCGAAGUUUUAAUUUUAUUUCUAAGUGUAUCGGAGAGUUAUCGAAAGCUAUAAGUAUUGUUUGAUUUACGAAUCAACGACUGCAGCAAUUUGUGAAAUGUGAAUGUAAAAUAAUUGUCCACGUUCAAUGUACCUAUGUAUGUAUUUACCAUGUUUGUUAUUUAUAUACGUAUCUUUAUCAUCGAAGAUAACUUUUGUUCGAAUUGUUUAUUGAAUAAUGGUUAGUAAAUUUUUUAACCCUGGUUUUCCUUAUCAUCGUUUGUAUAAUUUUGAAGUUUUAAACUUUCUUAAAAUGCGUUUGAUACGCGAUUAUAAUAAUAUUUUUUCUAUGUAUUUAUUAAUGAUUUAAAUUCUUUCUUUGUUGGUAUUUAAUUUUGGUGAUUCAAUUUUUAUAUUUUCUUAGUUACCUAGAGAGAUUCUUAAUUUUCUUUUUGAAUGACUUCGUAUUUUUCAUCGAAGAAUAAUUAUUGUAGUUGGAGGUGAUAGGUUUUUUCAUGUAAACAAAUUUUUAAUUGAUCCUAUAUACUUGAUGUAUGCUUGAUAAAAUUACUUUAUUAUAUGUAAUUCAUGUACUAUCUAUGUUCUUAUUUUAUAAUUUUAUUGUAUCGUGUUCAUAAUUGUAUGUGAAUAAAAAUCGAUGAACUGCG